AUGGGCUUUAAGAAAGGGCGCGCUGCUCGUGCAGCAGCUGAGAGGGCGGCUGCUGCGAAUUCAAAACCUUUAAAUGUUCGCCACGAUUGCGGCACCGCGGUGACUUACGAUGCGCCCAACGGCUCAACCUACGAAAUCGACGUGGAAUUGAUGAUUCAGAGGAACCCGACGAAGGGCACGAGUCGAAACGUUCACCGUCACCGUGGUCAUGUCAAACAUUGGACGAUGUGGCAGUACGAGGCGGAGAGGGCAGAAGGCCGUAACUACACGCACUCCAAGACCACGCUGAUCCAGUAUCCGAAGGAGGUAUGCCUUGCCCUCGAGGACCGCUACCAGGCCAUCCGGAAGUUGCAAGCCAAGGCCGCUGAAUUUGGGGCCCCAGUCGUGGAUCGCCAACGUGCAACUGAUGCCUGGCGAGUGAGGUUGGAGCGGAUGAGCCCCGAGUUGCUCCGGCAAGUCUUCCAGCAGAAUGAAGCCUUCGAGCAGGCUCCCACCACGGAUCUCGAAGAGGACUUCGAUGCUCCAGGGCUGGCCAGGCGCGCAGCCUUGGACACGGCUCUGUGUGAGGCGUUGCUCGAGGCUGCCCUUCGCCGGCGCGACUGGUCGCCGGCUGAGGUCACACAGGCCAUGCGCUGGCUUAUGAACCGCGGUCUGCAGCCAGGUCCUGCGCACGUCUGCAAGGCUGCGUUGCUUUACGGUGCACUCAUGCCUCUCCAGGUCUUGCUCCUGGAUGCUUGCAUUGAUGUCCGUGGCUUGGAGCUUCCCCUGGACCAGCGGGAUCAGAGGCAGAAGGACGUGGGGAACGGAGGUGGCUGGGUUCAACGCUGCAAGCCGGCACUCAAGGCCUUGCUUGCGCGGGGGGCAGUGCUAAGUAGCCACUCUCUCCAGUCUCGCCUCCUGAAACGUCUGGAGGAGGAUGGCACUGCGCGCUGGACAGAACGAGUCUUGGAGGGCAUGCAGCGAGAGCGCCCCGAUCUACCAGAUAUGGUCCUGACUCGCAUUGCCGAGUUUGCCGGGAGCGCCUCGUCUGAUAGGGGUAUCACCUGCCCUUGCGCUGAGAACUGA